AAGCAUCCAUUCCACUGGUCAAGGCGACAGAGCCUGGAUCUGGGCCCGAUGAGCAGACGGACACAGCUGCCCGGCACGCGCGCGCUUUGACUCGCCACAUUUCUGCCUCCACUGUGUCAGUCUGUCUUUCCAGUUCCCACAAUCGGCACCGUACCGUUCCAUUUCUUUUCUUCCUCCCACCAAUUAUUUUCCUCAUUUUCGAAAUAAUAAGACAAGGACCAGCUAAGCUGGGCCUAUCCCUAUAUAUACACACACACACCAAUGGCAGCAUUGUAGGUACACAUCAGCUUCCCCCAAUACUCAUCUGCGAGUAGCUUCCAUUGUUUGGUUGCUUGCUAGCUACAGCCAGUAAAGCUCCUCUCCCAAUAGUCCCAUUUCCUUUCCUUCAUUUCCCAUCUCUUCCGUGAAUCGAUUUUCAAGGCCAAGAGGUUCCUUGAUUGGCAUGGAGUACGGCAGAGACGACGUCCAAAUCCAGAUGACCGGCGGCCAGCUGAACGAGCAAACGUCCCGAGGGGAAGCUCUUCCGGCGCUGCUCAUCCAGGUUCCUUCGCGGACCAUCGCCGGCUUCGACUGCGUUGGCGGCGAAGCGACUGCUACUCUGCAGCACGAGCAGCACAAGGGAGUACUACAGGGCGCGUAUACGGAAACUGUCAUUAGCAUCCCGGCGCCGGCGACCCCACCACCGGCUGCCCCCGUGCCCGUGUACGACGCCAUCCCGUACUCCCUUUCGCUCAGCAUGCCGGCGUCGCCGUCGGGGUUCCACUUCUCGCAAUUCCGGACGGCGUCCGUGCACCGCCAGGACGCGCCGCCAGCCGAGACCAAGCCCGGCGUCGAAGGCGUUCAGGCGGUUGCGCAUGGCCCACUGCUGCUGAAGCAGACGCGGUUCCACUCGCAGCCCAUCCUCCACGCGUCCCUGCAGAACAACAACGAGGGGCUGCGGCGGGCCGACAGCACGCGCGACAAGCGGUUCGACCCUUUCAAGACCUUCUCCGGCCGCCUCGAGCGGCAGCUCUCCAACCUGCGGGGCCGGCCGCUGGACCCCAUCGAUCUCGAGUCCUCCCAGUCCAAGAUCUCGGAGGAGACCGAGACCGAGACCGACCAGGUCCCCGGCGCCGACCGCUACUUCGACGCCCUCGAAGGCCCCGAGCUCGACACUCUCAGGGCGACAGAGGUGGCGGUGCUACCGAGUGACGAGAAGUGGCCGUUCCUGCUGCGGUUCCCGAUCAGCGCGUUCGGGAUGUGCCUCGGGGUGAGCAGCCAGGCGAUCCUGUGGAAGACGCUGGCGUCGGCGCCGCCGACGGCGUUCCUCCACGUGAGCCCCGUGGUGACCCACGUGCUGUGGUACAUCUCGCUGGCGCUCAUGGGGCUCGUCUCCUUCAUCUACCUGCUCAAGGUGGUCUUCUACUUCGAGGCGGUCCGGCGCGAGUUCUACCACCCGAUCCGCGCAAACUUCUUCUUCGCGCCGUGGAUCGCGUGCCUCUUCCUGGUGCAGGGCGCGCCCAUGCCGGUGGCCGAGGUGCACCACGGCGUCUGGUACGUGCUCAUGGCGCCCAUCUUCUGCCUCGAGCUCAAGAUCUACGGGCAGUGGAUGUCCGGCGGCCAGCGCCGGCUCUCCAAGGUGGCCAACCCGUCCAACCACCUGUCCAUCGUCGGCAACUUUGUCGGCGCGCUGCUCGGGGCCAAGAUGGGCCUGCGGGAGGGGCCCGUCUUCUUUUUCGCUGUCGGCCUGGCCCACUACAUUGUCCUCUUCGUCACGCUCUACCAGCGGCUCCCCACCAACGUCACGCUCCCCAAGGAGCUCCACCCGGUCUUCUUCCUCUUCGUCGCCGCCCCCAGCGUCGCCUCCAUGGCCUGGGCCAAGAUCAACGGUCGCUUCGACAACGGCGCCCGGAUCGCCUACUUCAUCGCGCUCUUCCUCUACAUGUCGCUGGCUGUGCGGAUCAACUUCUUCAGAGGAUUCCGGUUCUCCCUGGCGUGGUGGGCGUACACGUUCCCGAUGACGGGCGCGUCGAUCGCGACCAUCACGUACGCCACGGAGGUGACCAACGUGCUGACGCGGACGCUAUCCAUCGGGCUCUCGGGCAUCGCCACCGUCACGGUGGCCGGCCUCCUGGUCACCACCAUGUUCCACGCCUUCGUGCUCAGGGACCUCUUCCCCAACGACGUCUCCAUCGCCAUCACCCGGAGGAAGCCCAAGUUCAGCAAGAUCCUCGCGCACUUCCGCUCCGACAUGAAGGAGCUCGUGCUCUCCGUCUCCAAGUCGCCCAACUCUGACUCCGACACGUCCGUCUCAGGCUCCACUACUGAUACCGACCCGUCCGUCACCAAAGGCAAAGCAGAACCUUAAACUAGAGCAACACGCCGCGCGCGCGCGUUCUCUGUCACGUAUAGCUCCAUAGCUGUACAUUUCAUAGUUUUUUGUCGUAUUUUUAGUUCAAAUUUGGAAUAGUUUCGAUCAUCUCGGCAAGGACUGCAAGAUAGCCUUGCAGAGCAGAUUGGAACAUGCAUGCACGCAUGCAGCGGGUCGGCCGGUCGGUGUAAUUACAAUGGGUGGAAGCACAAACCGUAGGGAGAGCAUGGAUCGAUGGAUUCCUCACCAAAAAAAAAACAUGAAUCGAUAGAUAUAUCCUUGGAGCAAAAUUUGUGAUGAUGAGGAUAUAAUGUGAAGGAGUAGGCUGAUCGAUCAAUGUGUAAAUCUACGGAUAUGUAUAUUUGAAACAAGAAUAAUAAAACAGAUGACGUUUGUGAUCGACCA